AUGUCGCUUCUCUACUAUAUCUACCUCAGGAUCCUUGUAAUCUGCGUGAGAUUAUGGGCUCGAAUGACGGGUGGAACCUCCGCAAGUCCCAAUGUGGUCUAUUCAAUCCCAUCGCGCAACCCCAAGCGAUCCAUCCCAGUCCAUGUCUAUCAACCGACCCAACGGCAACCCCCAGGUCAAGUCGGUCCAGUCCUGAUCAACUUCCACAGAGGCGGCUUCGUAAUCCCCGCUCAUGGAAGUGACGAUUCUUUCUGUCGAAAGGUUAGCGAAAGGACAGGCUACACGGUCAUCGAUGUCGGGUAUCGUCUUGCUCCGGAGCACCCUUUCCCAGCGGCGCAUGAGGAUGCCGAGGACGCCAUCACUUGGGUGCGGAGCCAGCGCGAGACAUUCGACACCUCGAAGGUAGCUCUCUCGGGAUUCGGCGCGGGAGGAAGCAUCGUGCUCAGUCUCGCAAGUGUGGUUUAUCCCCCCAGUGCAUUCCACUGCGCCAUCGCCUUCUAUCCGACUGUCGACUGGACAAUCGACCCGGGAGCUAAGAUGGCGCCGAAUCCCCAUGGUCCGCCGAUUUCUGCCUGGAUGAUGCGUCUGUUCAAGAACGCUGUAUUCCAGGGCCAGGUGAAUCUUGCGGAUCCCUAUGUGUCUCCGUUGUGUGCGGCCCCGGAGCGGUUCCCGCCUCGGGUGAUGAUUGUCACGGCCGACGGGGAUAGGCUUGCGCCGGAAGGGAAUGAGCUGGGGCGUAGAUUGGAGCUCAAGGGAGGUGGCCGUGUUAUACCCUUGCAGGUGAAACGUUGUAGCCAUGCUUUCGACAAGACGGCUCAGGAAGGGUCGCCACAGAAGACAGAGAAGAGAAAUGCUUAUUUUUUGGCCGUGGACAUGCUUCGGUCACCAUUGUGA